UACGACAGAUACAUCUCAAUGCCUUAGUGCUGCAUUUUACUGUCGCUGCCCUUCAACAGCUGUCGCGCGCAGCUCCUCAGCACCUUCGGCCUUGACAAGCACGUCAUUCCACGCCGCUCUUAACACUUGCAUUACACAUUUACCACAAACAUACCAGUGCUAGCAAGUAGCUGACCAGGGCUCGGUCAGCUGCAACUCGGCAACGAUGCCCCCAAAAGACCCCGAGGAACGGGUUCCCUACACCGCAGUGCUAAGCGACAAGUAUGUUCAGAAGAAGCUUGCGUCGCUGGGCCAGUAUCUGCUGGGCGAGCACAACCCGUCUCGCAGAAUCCGUGACAUCUCCGGAGUUCUGCCUAUGUACGUUGAACUCGGCGUCUCGUGCUGGGCGUACUGGGUGUUCCUUAUAAAGGUCCUGCUGGUGGCCUUUAACGUGACAGCUAUCUUCUGCGCGUUCCUGACCUACAAGGCACCAGCGACCAAAGACUGGCAGUACACUGAGCCCAGCCAGGUCGUUGCCUGGCUAGAGUUCCUAGGCAUCUGCUGGUAUCUUUUGUGGUUCCUGUGGCGCUGCCUCAAGGUAGUGUGGGCGUGCUUCCAGGAAUGGCGCUCGCCGCACGACCAGGUCUACGUCCGCAACCUGGCCGUGAGCUCUGCUGUGCGGCUUUGGUACAAGGCCGGCCUCAAGCUGGACUUUAACCUGCUCAUGUUCAUCCGCUACAUCAGCCCGCCCGCAGUGGCCCUUGCGCUUCAGAAGGCGCGCAAGCGGGUGUACGGCACCUUCGGCACCCGCGUGCACCGUCAAAACUGCUGUGUGGACUGCAUGUGCUGCUGCUGCUUCUACAGCCGCCUGGCGCUGUGCAGCCUGGUGCAGACGGUGGCAGUGGUGCUGUUUGCGGGCGUGGCGCUUAUGGCGGUGCUUAUCAAGGUGCUGCAGCUGCGCUUCCUGGGCCAGGUGCCCAUCGACCACUGGAGCAUCACAGAGCUGCUGCUCUUUGGCCAGUUUGUGGUCAACAUGGCGUGCCUUGAUACGCGGCAGAAGAGCAAGCGCAAGGGCAAGCUGGAGCUGUUGUUUGACGGCGCAGACGCGGAGGAGGCCGUGGGCGAGCGCAAGGCCAAGAGCCUCGUGGACAACCUGGCGCUGCUGGUGCUGCGCUACCGUUACAGCCUGCUGACGGCGCUGGUGGCGUAUCACUCGCUGACUGCCGACGACAUCAGCUACGUGUACAUUGAGGACCUGGUGGAGGCCAGCAAGCCGCGCAACAGAGUGCGACACGAGCAGUACAAGACCAGGGCCAAGCCGCAGGGCCCGAGCGGCGGCGGCGCAGCCAAGGGCAGGCGCCAGGCUGCGGAGGCUGCGGACAGCAUGACGUACGACAACCCCGGGUACAACGCUGGCUAUCCCGGCUACCCAGGAUACACCGAGAUGGCGGGCAUGGGCGCCGCUGCAGCAGCCGGUGCCAGCGCUGGCAAUGCGCUGUACCCGGGGCAAGUGCUGGUGCAGAUCUCGCCGCGGCGGCGGCCGGCACAGGAGACGCCGCCGUCGGUGCAGGAGCCGCCUACAGCAGCUGAUGGACGGGGGGCGCAGGGCCCGCUGGGCCGCUUCCCGCAGGACUUCUACACGCACGGGUACGCGGUGGGCGCGCCGGUGCACGGGUACAACCCGCAGGAGGUGCUGAAGACUAAGUACGAGCAGCAGCUGUGGGGCGUGCAGGCAUCUUGAACUGGCUUCAACCGGCGGGACGAUAGGGUAACAAAAGAAGUGAUGGUAUAGCGGGAAGGCGAUGCACCGCGCGCCACACGAAUGGAGUGGUUCAGAGCUGAAUAUCAUAUGACUUGAAUGCGGUAGUUGAAAGCACGCAAUCAUCAAGCAGGAGGCGGCAUGGAGUGGACAGGACGAGGGGUGGAGUGGGAGGGGUAGCCUCGUGGGGUAGCCUAGGGCUAGGGGGGUCUACGGCAAAUGGGGUGGGGCCUUCGGUGAGGCCAGGAGUCGGCCACUCGGGCCUAACACUUAAGACUUGUGAAUGCACUGGGGCAUCAAACUGUAGUUCCGGUAGGCCUAUUCACUGCAUCAUACUGUAGUUCCGGUAGGCCUAUUCACUGCAUUGUGGAAGUGCCGCGCUGCCCGUUCCUCUGCGAUGUUGCCCAAGACGCCCGAGUUCCAUUUU